AUGGAGGCGAGCUCCUUGAGCGCAGCGGAUCGUGAGUGGCAGCAGCUGCAGCAGCUGCAGCAGCUGCAGCAGCACGUGCAGCGGGAAGAUGCUGCGUCUGCUGCUGCUGAAGGCUGCAAGAAGCAGCAGCUGUUGCUGCAGGUGAAGCGGCAGCUGCAGCAGCGACAGCUGCCGCUGCAGCAGCUGCUGCAGUGCGUACACGACUUGGGCCAUCUGCUGUUUGCUGCUGGGGCUGCUGCCUUUCGCCGCGGGGGGCCCCCGCUGCUGCUACUGCGGGAUACCCAAGCAGCAGCAACGGAGCAGCAGCAGCUGCUGCAGCAGCGCCUGGAACUGCUGCAGCAGGAAGAGUCCACCAGCGCAGCACAGGGAUCAGCACGGCCCGCCCCUGCAGCAGCAGCAGCAGCAGCAGCUGCUGCUGCUGCUGCUGCUGACAAGACGCCGUGUCCUUACAGCUUAGUGGGCGGCUCUAUACCUUCUCAGUGCUUCGUGCUGCUGCUGGAUUUGCUGCUGCAGCAGCAGCACGUUCUGGUGAGGGCUGGAGUGUAUAGGCAGCUGCACCGCUGCAGCCACCUGCUGCCUGCUCUGCUGCUGCCGACGCAAGAUGCUGCUGCUGCUCUGGUGCGGCAGCAGCUGCUGCGGCUGCUGCAGCAGCAGCAGCACCCCCAAGUUAGGCUCAUCGGGCUCGCGCUGCUGCGGAAGGCCCCUGCCCUCGUGCUGCAGGAGCCGCAUUUGCUGUGGCUGCUGCUGCAGCAUCUUUUUGGCUUCUGGGGAGCCGCGCCACCUGCAGCAGCAGCAGCAGCAGCAGCUGCUGCUGCUGCUGCUACUGAGGCCAAGCCGCCCCGAGGCAGUCUCACGCCCAGCAGGAGUGCAGGGGACAGCAGCCAUGACGGCAGCAGCAGCAGCAGCAGCAGCAGCGCGAGAAAGCAGCUGUACACGCCCACUGCUGCUGCUGCAACGGAAGCAGUAGCUGCUCUUGCUGCUGUUGCUGCUGUUGUCCCGUACCUGCCUGGGGACUUGUGCGUGUCCGUGCUGCGGCUCUCUCUUGCUGCUGUUUUGCCUUCUGCUGCAGCAGAGCAGCAGCAGCAGCUGCUGCAGCAGGCCGCGCAGCUGCAGCGCCAUGCUGCCGCACUGGGGGAAGCCGCGCCGGGUGACAGUCUGCUGCAGCUGCUGCAGCAGCAGCAGCAGCAGCAGCUGCUGCAGCAGGGAGAACUGGAGAGCCUCACGCUCCUUUCGCUGCCCCCUCUGUCGCAUCGGCUGUCUCUUCUUGCUGCUGCCUUUGGCUGUGUCUCUCCCCUGAUUCCGGCAGUGGCGGUGUGGGCCCUGAGAGUGCUUUGGGCCCUUGCCAACAGGUCCGCUGUUUUGCUGCAGCAGCAGCAGCAGCAGCAUCAGCAGCAGCGGCAGCAGCAGCAGCAGCAGCAGCAGCAGCAGCAGUUGCUGGCUAGUGAAGAGGAGCCAUUUCUCUGCGUCAUCUGCAGCUGCUUGCGAGCAGCUUCACAGCUUGCCCUCACCAACCCUUUUUUGGCCCCCUUGCAGGUUAGCUGCCUGAGAAGCGUGCUGGCAGGGCCCGACUUGUUUAAAGGAAGCAGCACUGCGUCAGCAGCAGCAGCAUUGACAGAGCGGGGCCCUUUGUCGGUGGCAGCAGCAGCAGCGCAGCAGCUGCUGCUGCUUCAGCAGCAGCACUUAGUGGUAAUUGCGGGGCCCCACUGCGCCCUUGCCCAUUCUGCGCGUGGCUUGCCAGGACUGCCUGCUGCUGUUUUGUGCUGCUGCUGCUGCUGCUCGCCUGCUGCUGCUGAAAGUGCUGCAGCAGGCAGCGGCGCCAGUGAAUCCAGCAGCAGCAGCAGCAGCAGAAGCAACAGCAGCAGCAGCAGCAGCAGCAGCAGUGGGAGCGGCAGCGGCGACUGGAAAAAGCUGCUGAAGGCCCGCCUUGCACGCGCUGCAGCAUCAAGAGGCGCUGGCUCAGGCCGAGACACUGCAGCCUCAGCAGCAGCAGCAGCUACUGCUGCUGGUGCAAGUGUGCAGCAGCAGCAGCAGCAGCAGCAGCAGCAGGAGCACGUGGACCCUCCUGUACCGGUCUCAGCAGCAACAGCAGCAGCAGCGACGCUUUGCCUUAUCUCGGAGGAAGAAGUCUUGGGUUGGCUGCGUCAAGCUGCUGCUGCUGGGGAUGCUGCUGCUGCUGCUGCUCUUUUGGCAAUCCUUAGUGCGGCGCUGCAGCAGCGACCCAGUUGCUCCUGCUGCCGCUGCUGCCGCCACUGCCAGCAGCAGCCGCCGCAGCAGCAGCAACAGCAGCAACAGACAGAACAGCAAAGUGUGAGCUCGGCCCCUCAGCAUACGCAACAAAGUGUGCAGCGGCUGCGACGCAGCUCCAUGAGUGACGCCGUUGCUGCUGCAGCAGCUCCAGCAGCAGCAGCAGCAGGCGCGGUUGCUACUGCUGCUGCGCCCACAUCUGCCUCUGCGCCUGCAGCUGGAAGCCUGCCGGCGAGAGCUGCAGCAGCAAGUAGUAUCCAGCCAGCGUCUCUCCAAAGCUCAACAAGCCCUGCAGCAGCAGCAGCAGCAGCAGCAGCUGCUGCUGCUGCUGCAGGCACCAUCCACACAGCAGCAGAUGCAAUUUCUACUUUGCUGACUCUCGCGAAGGUGCUGCCUCUCCGCGCCCUUCAGCAACAGCAGCAGCCCAGGCAGCAGCAGGAGCUGCUGCUGCGGAAUGAACAGGAACAGAACCCGUUGGAGCAGCAGCAGCAGCAGCAAACAGAGCAGCAGCAGCAGCAAGGGCAGGUGGAAGAGGGCGAGGUGCUACCUGCUGCAUCUCUGUUUAGCGAUACUCAGCAGCCGCAGCAACAGCAGCAACAGCAGCAGCACGAACAGCAGCAGCUGCAGCGCCAGCAGCAGCACCAAAGUGGGCAGUGUAGCGACGGCAGCAACACAAAGCGCAUGCGAGUGGACCCCUCCAUCAGCAGCAGCAGCAGUAGCAGCAGCAGCAACAGCAGCAGCAGCAGCAGUGACGGUCACAUAAAACCGCCUAGCCAGGCAGCUCAGAGUGCUCGCCUGAAAAGCAGCAGCAGCAAAAAGAAAGACAGAGCUUUUUGCUGCUGUUGCUGCUGCUGCAGGACGUCGCUAUGCUCCGUAGGUACCCGUCGACAGCAGCAGCUCCUUGCUGCAGUGAGGAGCGCUUCUCUCUUACCUGCGGCUGCUGCUGCUGCUGCUGCUUCUGCUGCGUCUUGCGACGCUGAGGGCCCGGCAAAUUCCCGGGCAGCAGCAGGUGGAGAUAUCUCGGAUGGAGCAGCAGCAGCAGCAACAACAGCAGCAACAGCGGCAGCUAAUGCCAAAGUUGACAUACCAUCUGCUGCACGGGCUCUCGCUGAGCUGCGCUGCUGCCUUCUUCCCUUAGAAGGUUUCUGCAGCAGCAGCAACAGCAGCAAAAGCAGCAGCUCCAAAAGCAGCAGUGGUGAAAGUGUGAAUGAUCUGCAGCAGCAGCUGCUGCUGCCACUUGUGAGGUCUCAGCAGCAGCCGCCGCAUGUUCGUGUUCUGGCUGUUAUGGUGGCUUGCCAGUUUGUGGCUCAGCAGCAACAGCAGCAGCAGCAGCUGCAGCAGCGUCAGCAGCAGCAGCAGCGUCAGCAGCAGCAGCCCCCCACAGGCGGUGCGAACAAUGGCAGCAGCAGCAGCAAAAGCGUUGACGAAAUGGCUUUGCUGGUCUUUGACGCACUCAAAGCUUUGCUCCUGUGGCUGCGAAGCAGCAGCAGCAGCAGCAGCAGCUACACCAGCGUUGCAAGGGGCCCCACAAGUGUCCACACACCGGACGGCCAACGGGUGAGAACUUGCCUCGCUGCUGCUGCUGAUACUGCUGCUGCUGCUGCUGCUGUUGAUACUGCUGCUGCUGCUGCUGCUGGCUGCGACCUUUAG